UCUCUCUCUCUCUCUCUCAAUCUCUCUCGAUGAGCCAUGGAAGGAGGACAUCAUCAGCAUCAGCAUCAGCAUCAGCAUCUAUUAAGUGUUAACAUGAUGAUGGACACAGGAGAUCGGUUCCCUCAAUGGAGCCUCCAAGAGACAAAGGAGUUCUUAGCGAUCAGAGCAGAGCUGGAUCGAAACUUCAUGGAGACGAAACGGAACAAACUUCUCUGGGAAGUCAUCUCCACUAAGAUGAAGGAAAGGGGUUACACUCGUAGCGCUGAGCAGUGCAAGUGCAAGUGGAAGAAUCUCGUCACUCGUUAUAAAGGAUGUGAAACAAUAGAGCCUGAAUCGAUGCGUCAACAAUUCCCAUUCUACAAUGAGUUGCAAGCCAUCUUUACAGAUAGGAUGCAGAGGAUGUUAUGGUUGGAAGCAGAAGGUGCUGCUGCCGCCGCAGCCGGUGGUGGUGGUGGUGGUGGUUCUAAAAAGAAAGGGGUUAGGUUAUCAUCGGACGAUGAGGAUUAUAACGAAGAAAGCGAUGAGGAUAAUAAGGGUAUUAUUAAUAAGAAGAAGAAGAAGAAGGGAAAGGUCAUUAGUACUAGUGGUGGUGGUUGUAAUAUUAAUAAUUUGCAGGAGAUAUUAGAUAACUUCAUGAGACAACAGAUACAAAUGGAGAUGCAAUGGAGAGAAGCUGUAGAAGCAAGGGAGGAGGAGAGAAGGUUGAAAGAGAUGGAAUGGAGACAAAUCAUGGAAGGUUUGGAGAAGGAGAGAUUGAUGAUGGAUAGAAGAUGGAGAGAAAGAGAAGAACAACGGAGGAUUCAAGAGGAAAUCCGAGCAGAGAAGAGAGAUGCUCUCAUCACAGCUCUGCUAAAUAAGCUAAGACGAGAGGAGGAGUUGCUGUAGGGUUGUUUAGUUUAGUUGGAGGUAGAAGAAGGUAGCAGCAGCUACUGUCUCUCAUUUGUUCAUUAAUUCCUUCUUUGUUUUCGAGAGAAAAGACGAGAGAGACUCUUCCUGAGGUUUGUCUUGGAACUCUCUCGUUUCUAGGGUUAGUGG